UGGUAAAAACGUCAUAAUGAUGUUACUCUCGGAGCGAGCGUACUGUAGACCUGUCCUGACAGACGGCUAGUAGCGGCAUAGGCUGCUUAAACAUUGAAGGACGUGGUGUAAAAUCUAUACAAGAGACCAAUAUGGCGCACAUGUGGGUGGGCGAAACACGCUCACCCAGCGAUUGGGUGGUUCCUCGUCCCCCACCCCUCGACUCCCACAAGUGUCAAUCACAAAGUUAUUUUGAUCGGAAGUUCAAAAGAUCAGCGGAUGGGUAAUUGUUGAUUGUUGCAGACUCGAAGCUGCAGUGAAUGUGCAGCAUUCAUCGACACGCGAAGCCGUCUUUUUCAUGGUGAUAUUUGUUGCAAAAUCGGAGAUUUUCGCAGCUUUCGAGAAGACACCUUUUGAAAUAAAAUAUUCGUUAUUCGAGGAUGGCGGACGACAGCAUUGCCCGCAGCUUUCAGCGUAUAAUUUUUUGGGAGGAGUUUGUAACUGAAAAACUCAAUAUGGAGUCAGCAGAUUGUCCCGAAGUCAAGGAAGAAGUUGAAGAAGAGCAGUGUUGUAUCGACAUGAGUUCUCCAUGGAUCUCGUGCGGAGCAGUGGCAGCUGGUGAACCGCUAACGGACCCUCUGUCUCUCGAAGGAGGGCAGGCUGGCGGCAGUGCGGGAGGCCUGGCAGAGAUUUCCUCAGGAGCUUUAGCUGCCGUGCAACAGUUGGCAGACAAUUUAAUUCCCCACAGACACCAGGCAAAUAAAGAUGCAGGCAGAGAAGGAAGGAGUACCUUAAAAGUCAAAGGAACUAGAUUGGAUGGAACUCUUGAAGUAUAUAAAAACGUGAGGAAAGAGGUGAGGAGUAUGUUAGAAGUCAAAGACAUUAAAGUGGAGGGAACAUGUCGAUUGCAGGAGGCCAAUCCCGAAACACACUUCACCAUGGGCUCAGUGAAGCGAGAACAGAGCAGACAAACCGACCACAGCCUGUACCCUGACACCGUGACGCCGAGACUACGACUGACUGCCACUUCGGCUGAGAGUGCAAAGUCCGGAGACGACGGGCUGCAGUGGAGAAGCCCGCACUCACGUCCCCCGGACAUACCUCCACUGUCGGACGUCGGCAGGGCACGUGACGGCGUUUCCCCCGGCAGUGCGGAAGAGCGAGAGUCUCUCGGGCAUCCCGAGGUGACGCCGGCUCAGUCCUCCGUGCAGUGCGGCGACGCGCCCGGUCCGAAUGCCGAUCCGGAUGCCCAGUCUGGCGACGGGCGGUACUUCUGCGCCGACUGCGGGAAGUCGUUCGGGAAGCUGGUGUACCUCAAAGUCCACACGCGCAUCCACGCGGGCAGGCAGUCCUACAGCUGCGAGUCCUGUGACAGGGUGUUCACAACGUUCGCGCAGUGGCAGACCCACUCGCGCGUGCACACGGGCGAGCGGCCGUACGGCUGCCCGACCUGCGAGAAGGCAUUCCGGACAAAGGCGAAGCUGGCGUGCCACGAGCGCUCGCACCGCGGCGAGCGGCCGUUCCCCUGCGCCGUGUGCGGGCUGUCCUUCAGGACCCGGGUCAACCUCAGGCUCCACGUGUGGACGCACACUGGAGACGCACCCGGAUCCCCCGACAGCUCUCGUGUGGACUCUGCCUCGUUCGCGUGCUCCGUCUGUGGGAAGUCGUUCAAGUCGAAGACAAAACUGACGUACCAUCUACGCACCGGCUGUCUGUUAGGCACAUACACACCUCUCCUGGAAUUGUGUCGCAACGGUGACAGUGAGUUUGUGGAUACCUGAUCGUAGAGUGAGGACAAUUGCGGUUGAAAAGAAGUGACGGUGUAAGUGCUUACACGGUCUGUGACAGUUUUGUGGUCACUAAACUACAGCUGACGGGCUUUGUCGUGUGUGAUUGCCAAUUACAAACAGUAUCGGCAAGAGAGCUAAAGCAAUUUUAAAUGUGUAUACAGUUUUUUUCCCCUCUUUUUUCUGCAGAUGAACUUUAUUUUAUCACAUUAAUGGCGAGUUCUGGCCUGUGGCCAUUUUCAAAUGCUGUUGCAUUGGUCAAGUGUGUGUUAUAUUAAAAACUAUUUAUUGCUGUGCGGAUGGAGAGGUUCUCACACAUAUAUAAAAAAUUUGCACAUGCUGCUGCAUGCUGUAAUUUGGAAUGUGUCGUUUAGCAUGUCAUAAAACUGGAUUGGUGACAAAUUGCUUCCACGUCCUUACUUAAAGUAUUUAACAGCACAACUUGUCCUUUCACUCACUUGGAUGUAAGUAGGUGUUUAUCUCUGAGGAAGGGAAUUGAGUUAUAUGACAUGCUACACGAUGAAUGCAGUGUGUGAUGUUCAGGACAGUGUAUGCAGUAUGUGAUGUUCAGGGUGGUGUAUGCAGCUUUGUGUGUGUGUGUCUGUGUGUGUGUGUGUGUGUGUGAAGCACUAAAUAAUUUCAAAUACAGUAUAACUCCGCGUUUACAUUUCCCAAAAUUAACGUUUUCCUACGUUUACUUCAUUUUUUAUCGUCCGGUCAAAUUUCCUAUGCCCACAAUGUUAAUUUGCACAUUGAUUUUGUGUCAACAUGUUUAUAAUUUUCCCGCGGUAUAUGCAUUACAAAAAAAUGUUUGUGGAGAAAAAAUGACGCUGGCACGAUGUUGGCUGUCCAGUAGCGUUUACAAAUAUUAAGUGGUUAAGUUUCUUGACACCAGGGCACUCAACUCAGUGGAGUUGAAAUGGUAAAUGUGUAAAAGAUGGAACAAUUUGUGCCCUGUCAAGCUCUACUUGGCGUGAUGGCUGAUGGCAGUAAUUAGGGUCAUUCAAAUCAAGAUAUCGUGACCAAUCAUGGCCAUUUCCAAACUGUCUCUACUACGCAAACACAGUUUUGUGAUUGUUGUGAUCAUCGUGACACCUUUGUCGAACCAUAUUUAGCCAGUUUCGGUGUAUGGCCACUUGGAGUGGGGGUUGAAACCGUCAUUGUGUUGCUCAAAUGUUUUUAGUUUAAACACAGCGCCGCCUAUGCAUUUUAUUCACACUGAGCAAAAUGUGUUUCGAGAAUUUAUUGUCAUUGUCAAGUGCAGUAUUUAUAGAGCUACAUGAGAUUACCAAAUAAACUUGGAAAAUUUGGCAUUUUGAAA